AUGCCUCGACUCGUGAAGAACCUCCACGAACAGAAGAACCUAGGAAACCGGGUGAUUUCAGGCUUUUGGGGUUCGACAACGAGGAGAACGCAGAAGAUCCUCUCGAGACUUUUCGAAGCAGGUCGUCUCCUUCGACGGAGAGGAACACGCCGUCGAGAUGGCCACGACGGAGUUGGCCACGACGACGGCAGCGGACUGAACUAUCGAUGCCGACUGCAAUUGGCUCCUGAGGGCCAAACGGGAGAGGACGCAGGCGUCGCGGAUAUAAAAGAAGACUUGCGGCCGCGGUCGCGUGCAGUGCUGGAUUGGCGUCCGUCGCACCUCGUCGCAUUCUGUCGCAUCUUGUUUCCAUCUGUUCCAGCCGUAGCCGAUCCCGACGGCAAAAUGAAACCACCGAGGAGCGCAUUCCUGCUGCUGCUGCUGACUUCCGCCUCCCUGCUGCUGCUGUUGGCCUCCUCCUCCCUGGCCCUCCCUACGGACGCCGUCGGCGGCUUGUCCAAGCGCUACAACUGGGUCCUGGUGACGAACCGCCUCGAGCAGCCGCUGCCGGACCAGCCCCGCCAGACCGUGAAGCAACGUCCGGACUUGCAGCAACCGCAGCAGAUGCAGCAGCCCCAGCAGCUUGCAGAAGCGGACCGCGAGGACUCCCUCACUCAGUUC